GUCAUAUUUGUUUACCUGGAUACCACCGGCCGUAAAUGUAUUGAAUACAAUCUCAUGGCAAAACAAUGGCCUCUCAUCGGGCAUUAUUGACGGAUAAGGGGGCCCAGAACUGGGUCAAGGCAGCCCUCGCCCUCAACCUAACCAAGGAGGGUCUAAAGGGUCUGGUAGAUGACGUGCUGACAUGCGUUCACCGGGACAUCUAUAGCACCGUUAGAACAUCCAAGGGUCUUCCAUCCGGGGCAGAAUGUGCGCAUUGUUUCACCGAGAACGUUUUGAAGUGCUCCACUCCUAAGAUAUGCACAAGAACUGAAAACUGCAAAUUUCAUAACGGUCCUUCAAAACAGUAUGUUCCUUGUCCAGUCGGGAUUUGUGAAGGCGUCCGUGAUGAAAUAGUUCGACAUCACAGGUUUUCGGGACCAUCAUGGAAGAAUACGAAUGCCGACAAAUGGAGAACCGAACCCUGGGAGAUAGGCAAGUGUUUCCUGCCUCCUGAUGGCUACAAGACCGUGUCCUCCAUCAAAGACAGUGACUUCAACGGAGUGAUCAGCGUCAUGAUAAAUUGCGAGGAUUUCCAGAACAAGCUGUCGUUUAACGUUGCGACACAGCCAAAUUUAUUGACAGAGGUUCGAGACAUUGGACGACGAUUACGUCACUCCCCUAACAAUAAGGUCGAGGACACGGAUCUGGUGGACUUCCUGGUUAAGCUUCGGACCCUUCUGAAGGAUAAUACUGAACUAGCAAACCGAUCCGAGGCACAACAGGCCUUGGAACAGCUUAAGAAGUUGCAAACAGACGAUUUCAAGCUCAGUGCUGAGAACGAAGUGGAGAUGUUGAAGGAAGGACUGCGACUACGUUUGACAAACCAUUACCGAACCACCUUGGCCGACAUGCCGAUAUCUCCCAUUCUUGGAGAAAAGAACGCCAAACUCAGGAAAUUCUACGUGACAGCGAAAAUUGUGGAGAAAGAUCAUAGACAAAUCGGCAAUAUUGACAAGGGAGAAAAAGGUCAAAAUGUUGCAAAGUUUUCAGAUGUUUUCUUGAAAGAAGACCAGUUGCUCAGAAAUGUUUUCCUCGUUGGUAAACCGGGCCAGGGAAAAUCCACAUUCUCCGUAAUGUGUGCCCUGGAAUGGACUCACCAAUAUUUACCAGCGGAGGAAAACGUUGGUAUAAAAACAAGCUAUGCCGACCCAGAAUUCUUCAAAAGGUUUGCAUUUUUGUUUCGUGUCACCCUACGAGAUUCAGGUAAAACGUUUGAUCUACCAAAAAUGAUCAUGGAUCAACUUAUACGUAAAAUCUACCACGAGAAGGAUGCCGAUGAUGGUUACCGGCUAUUACAAACGGUGCUGGAAAGUGAAACAUGUUUAAUCAUAGCUGACGGCCUUGACGAAUGGACCCAACCAGAAAACGUAAACUGUACCUGCAACACUGAGGAAAAAGUCACCCAUUUCCGAAAUUCGGCCAACAAGGCCACACUCCUCACGACAACGCGUCCCUGGCGAAUGUCACAGUUCAGAGUGCAGGAUUCAAAGAUCGACAAAUAUCUUGAAAUAGAAGGAGCUGCAGACCCAGAGCAACUCGUGGAAAAUAUCAUCACCAUCCUUAAUGAGGGAAAUAAGGAUAAACGGACACCAGAGGCUUUCAUGAAAAUGGUGUCAGCGAAAGGUCUUAAAGGAUUAUUGUCAGCACCUAUCAGUAUCACCCAGCUCGUGUGCCUGUGGUUCGAAGGAAAAUCGUUAACCGAUUCAAAGUGUGACAUUUAUGCUGGCAUGAUAAACAUGCUAUCAUGUAGACUAAGUUGUAUGCAAAGCGGGAGUAAAAUUCCGAAAAUUGAACUGCCAUCUGUAUUAAAGGAACAUGAAUGCUUCAUGCAAAAUCCCAUGAUUUACCUUGCGCUGGCAAAGUUAGCAUACACAACUUUGUAUUCCGAGUGCAGAGCUUCGUCUGUUGUUUUCAGCAACAAAACAGUCAACGCUUUGUUAAGCAAGGAACAGGUUGAAUUUGCAUUGAAGUCCGGCUUACUCACGGAGAAGAAAUCCAACUCAUUGAUCAAGAGAUUAUCUCACUUUUCAUUCUUUCAUAAAACACUUCAAGAGUUUUUAGCGGCUCUUCAUUUAUGUUUAAAUGAAAACGACUACAGUCAGCUAUCAAUCAAGUACGAACAAGAUAAUAAGGAAAAUAUCUUGGGAGAUGUUUCUCAGACAUUUAUUUUCAUAUGCGGAAUGAAGCCCGAGCUCGGUGUACAAAUGUCUUCAUGGAUCAAUAGUUCUAUAACAAAAACACAAAUCGACGAGAGGGAUGUUAAACCACUUCAGGACCUGAUUGUCUCCGGGUACCGUGAAGCCAGGGCGAACAACUAUGGUGACAUACCGCUCUAUCUCGCACACUUCUAUAUUGAUAGUGAGGAUAGUGACGAGGAUGUCGUAGUGUUUAAAAAGCUGAUGAUGAUAAACAAGGAACGUAUUCAGUCACUAUACAUCCGUGAAUGCAAUGAUCACAUUAAUGGGGAAGAGCUGCAGGAGGUGAUCACAUCCUCCUCCGACUCCCUCAAAGCAGUGAGACUGGUGUUCCGUGAUGGACAGUAUGACCUGUCCCAGUGUCACAGGCUGGAAUAUCUGCAUAUAGCGGGAAACAAUACAACACGUGUGCAGGUUGAUCCAACAAAUAUUACAACAUGUCACUUAGAUAGUGUAUCAUCGAAUGUUGAAAUGUACAUAUUUAGAUGUUUUAAACACCAUCAAAGGUGGAGUAAACUACAACGUGUUGUUUUAGCUUGCGUUGAGAAUAUCCAGUUACUUGUGGAUACACUACCACGUCUCCCUCCGUUACAAAGCCUUGAAAUAUAUCAUACAAAUCUAGGUGAGCUCCACUUCCGCCCUCCAGCCUCAAUCAUCCAUAUUGAACUUUGGUUUGUGACAAUGACAGCGGAGGCGGUGCGGAGUCUGAUAGAGACGAUGAAGAACAUACCACACACCAUUACAUGCCAGAUGUGGGCCUGCACGGUGAAACCUGCCAGUGAGAUGAAAAACCUCCGUAAACAUAUGAACAGUUCGCCGUCAUUCGAGGUUCUCGAAUUUAAAUAUACGAGUGAAUGGCUUGAUUUCGAAUUCACCAAAAUGUGAACAAUAAGUUGAAUGUUAGCAUCGAUUAUGGGAAUUCAUGUUUGAUGAAAAACAGUGAAGCAAUCAAUGAAAGUGUCAUUCUAAUUAUAGAUAUAUGGUGUGUGUUACUUUUACACGAACUAAUUAUCAUCGACCACUUUCUGUGUAUUCAAUUAAUUUGAUUUAUGUUGUGUAUUUCCAUGCAUCCUAAAAUAGAUUUAACUGUACAUAACAAUGUCGUUGGGGCAGGUGUUAUUUAAUGUAUCUAACUUGGAUGAAAACUUUCUUUUUUAAUUAUAACACAACAGUCCGUAAUCAACACGUGAAACAGACGGUUUAACCUGAUCGACUUUUUUAAAAGAAUCUUAAUAAAUCAACUCAUUUCCUAGUUUAAUGUGAUAUCAUUUGAUAAAUGUUAAGGAUUGUUAAAUGCUUAGGAUUUAUUAAUUGAUGGGGAAUAUUUAGCUUUUUCUUAAUUCACAAUGGCAUUCUAGCUCAGAUUUUUUUCUAUAUUCUGUAUUAGAGAAAUAUACUCAUAACACGUUGAUUUUUUUUUAUUUUAAUGAUCUAUUACAUAAAUUUAACAUUAUUAUAAUGCUAUCUACAAAACUAUGAUAUCUUUUAUGCACCAGUCAAUUGUAACCACGGCCCCCAGGUCCGGGGGUAGCCGGGGAAAUGGGCCGUGUUUUUACCUUCCAGGUGGCCCCGCAGUGCCGGGUGAAUGCGGUGGUUUUGUCUUCGCGCCCAAACUAGCGAUGAAUGGACCUUACCUAGGGUCCCUGGGGUGCGGGGGCAUUGAACGGGGAUCUUACCAGCGAUUCGUCCCCGCAAAACGGGGAUUUUACCCGGGCUUUGCUGGAACAAAAGUUAAAGUCCCCGCUAUUCUCCGGACCUGGAGGAGAGGCGUGGUUAUAAUUGACUGGUGCGUUAUCGACAAAUGCUUCAAAGGAAAUACCCAAACAAUAAACACAUUUAGUUACCUAAAUGAUAUAAUAUACAAUGGCCUAUAAUAUAACAUGUCACACAAUUGGAGUAUUAUUGAAGAAGAUAUGAUUAAACGUUGAAAAUAU